AUGUGGGAUACUUCUGGGCCGUCCCGGAACGACACUAUGGCUGAGCCUGGCCUCAGUCAUGUGGCGUCCCGCUGCAGUCGCACCUCCCAAGUCUCCUCCAACCUCCACGCAGCCGGAGAGGCUCUGGCUGGGAUUACAAGUGAGGAACUGGAUGAACUGCAUUACCAGGACACAGAUUCAGAUGUGCCAGAGCAGAGGGACAGCAAGUGCAAGGUCAAGUGGACCCACGAGGAGGACGAGCAGCUGAGGGCACUGGUGAGGCAGUUUGGACAGCAAGACUGGAAGUUCCUGGCCAGCCACUUUCCUAACCGCACUGACCAGCAAUGCCAGUACAGGUGGCUGAGAGUUUUGAAUCCAGACCUUGUCAAGGGGCCAUGGACCAAAGAGGAAGACCAAAAGGUCAUUGAACUGGUCAAGAAGUACGGCACGAAGCAGUGGACACUGAUUGCCAAGCACCUGAAGGGCCGACUGGGGAAGCAGUGUCGUGAGCGUUGGCACAACCACCUCAACCCCGAGGUGAAGAAGUCCUGCUGGACCGAGGAGGAGGAUCGCAUCAUCUGUGAGGCCCACAAGGUGCUGGGCAACCGCUGGGCCGAGAUCGCCAAGAUGCUGCCUGGGAGGACGGAUAAUGCUGUGAAGAACCACUGGAACUCUACCAUCAAAAGGAAAGUGGAUACGGGAGGCUUCCUGAGCGAGUCCAAAGACUGCAAGCCCCCCGUGUACUUGCUGCUGGAGCUCGAGGACAAGGAUGGCCAUCAGAGUGCCCAGCCUGCAGAAGGCCAGGGAGGUCUCAUGACCAGCUGGCCCCUGGUGCCUCCUGCCAUGAAGGAAGAGGAAAGCAGUGAGGAGGAGCCCGCAGCAGCUACCACCUCUAAGGAGCAGGAGGCUGCCUCUGCAGAGUUGGAUGGACCGCGAACACCAGAGCCCUUGGAGGAAUUCCCCAAGCGUGAAGAGCAGGAGGGCUCCCCUGCCGAGACGAGCCUGCCCUACAAGUGGGUGGUGGAGGCAGCAAACCUCCUCAUCCCUGCUGUGGGGUCCAGCCUCUCUGAAGCCCUGGACUUGAUUGAGUCGGAUCCCGAUGCUUGGUGUGACCUGAGUAAAUUUGACCUCCCGGAGGAGCCGUCCAUGGAGGGCAGCAUCAGCAGUAGCCUGGUGCAGCCCCAAACAUCACAUCAGCAGCAGGCCCUGCCGCCCCACCAGCCAGCUGCCCUGGUGCCCAGUGUGACCGAGUACCGCCUGGACGGCCACACCAUCUCAGACCUGAGCCGGAGCAGCCGGGGCGAGCUGAUCCCUAUAUCCCCCAACACUGAAGUUGGGGGCUUGGGCAUCAGUACGCCACCCUCUGUGCUCAAGCGGCAGAAGAAGAGGCGUGUGGCUCUAUCCCCUGUCACAGAGAACAGCACCAGCCUGUCCUUCCUGGACUCCUGUAACAGCCUCACCCCCAAGAGCACACCUGUCAAGACCCUGCCCUUCUCGCCCUCCCAGUUUCUGAACUUCUGGAACAAACAGGACACACUGGAGCUGGAGAGCCCCUCGCUGACAUCCACCCCCGUGUGUAGCCAGAAGGUGGUGGUCACCACGCCCCUGCACCGGGAUAAGACACCCCUGCACCAGAAACACGCUGCGUUUGUAACCCCAGAUCAGAAGUACUCCAUGGAUAACACUCCCCACACGCCAACCCCAUUCAAGAACGCCCUGGAGAAGUACGGACCACUAAAGCCCCUGCCCCAGACCCCACACCUGGAGGAGGACCUGAAGGAGGUGCUACGCUCCGAGGCCGGCAUCGAGCUCAUCAUCGAGGAUGACGUGAGGCCUGAGAAGCAGAAGAGGAAGCCUGGGCUGCGGCGGAGCCCCAUCAAGAAAGUCCGCAAGUCCCUGGCUCUUGACAUCAUGGAUGAGGACAUGAAGCUGAUGAUGUCCACACUGCCCAAGUCCCUGUCUUUGCCAACAAAUGUCCCAUCAAGCUCCUCCGGCCUCACCCUGUCAGGCAUCAAAGAGGACAACAGCCUGCUUAACCAGGGCUUCCUACAGCCCAAGCCCGAGAAGGCGGUGGCAGCCCAGAAGCCCCGAAGCCACUUUCUGACACCUGCCCCUAUGACCAGCGCCUGGAAGAUGGUGGCCUGCGGGGGGACCAGGGACCAGCUCUUCAUGCAAGAGAAAGCUCGGCAGCUCCUGGGCCGCUUGAAGCCCAGCCACACAUCUCGGACCCUCAUCUUGUCCUGAGGGGCUUGGGGGUCACGAGCCUAUUCUCAUGUUUACAGGGGCUGGGGGAACGGAGCAGGUCUGUGAAUGUGAGAAUCAGUCUCAGGUGACAACCUGCAGGGAGCCUUCUGCUGCCAGCCCCUCCUCAGACUGCUCAGGUGGAAGCAAAUAGGCCACCACUGUCCUUUUGCCAAGUUUAGCUUUGGGCAAUUCCUGGUGCUAACAGAACAAAGUCCCACUGGACCUGCCUGGUCCCCUGUGUAGUGCCACAGGGAGCCCAGUCAGCUUCUCCCAAGCCCUGGUCAGGCCUGGGCUCAUCUCAGACCCCUACCUAGGAUGGGCAGCAUGGCCAGGGAUGCUCCUUUCCUCAACCCCUGUUAGAAUGUUUCUUUGAAAAAAUAAAAUUGCUUUUCUCCAUGUGCUGCUUUGGA